GAUAACGUAAGGCUCGCGUUUAACGUUUUGUUUUAAAUUUUAAUGCACAAACACGAUGCAUCAUCAAUUGUGAAAGUCACACUUCAGAACUGCAUUGGUUUGAAUGUAUGAAAAGCAAGCAUUCAGUGCCGUGUGUGCCCGCAAAUUAUUGUUUUACAAAUGAUUGCUGGACUACCCUCGUCCAGCUUUUUGAAGCAAUUUGAAUUCACAUUAAUUUACAAUUCUUUUUUAUUUCUAAUUUUAUUUAUUUGCAGUAGACAGAUCGCAUGGUUUAAGUUCACUGUAUCACAUGAUCAAGAUGUUACAAAAUAGUGUGAUGACUAAAAAAGGCAAAAAUGUUGACGUGUUACAUAUGGCUGCUGAGGUAACGAGAGCAAUGAAUGGUUUAAGAAUAACAUACUGCAAAAGUGGUAAAGAUAGAACCUCAAUGGCUGUUACUUUAGAGAUGGUUCAUAUACUACAAAGAAAUCACAAUCUUGCUUCCCAUGUGUUUAUGCAAUCGUUAGACUGCUUGCGCAGUGUUGGAUGUCGGAGGGAGAAUACUCUAAAAAAUACAGGAAUCAAGAAAUAUGCUUUCAUUAGCCUUCAGAUGCUGUACAUUCCUAAACUGUACAGGGCUCCAAGUGGCACCUAUGGAAAUGUACAAACUUAGUAAUGUUUAAAGGAAAAGACAUUUUUAAAAAUAUUUUAAAGUUUAGUUGUUACUCUUAAUGUAGUAGUAGCAGGUUGUCCAAACCAGAGAUAAAAAUUCUAUUUGAAAAGAAAAAUGUUACCAUUUAUAGUAGUGCCUCCCAAAAAAACAACUUUGUAUGUGAAUAAAGUUGAUGUCUUUAUUUGA